GUCUCUCAACUACUUCCCAAGAGGAGAAGAGGAAAAUAUCAUUAAGCAAACACGGAAACUUCUCUGCAAUUUCCUUCCUUUCACGCGUUUCAAUCCUCUCUAUAUAUUUCUCUUCCCCAAAUUCCACCAAAACCCACACAAAUUCGUUUCUGGGUUCCUAAAGUUUCAAUCUUUCUCUCCAAAAUCUGACUCUUUCAAAAUCGUUUGAUCUCGUCGUCUUUAGGGUUCUCAAAUCCGACUUGAAACCAUGGUUCGUUGCAGCAACAACCUCGUGGGUAUACUCAAUUUCGUCGUCUUCCUCCUCUCGAUUCCGAUCUUAGCUGGAGGAAUCUGGCUCAGCCAAAAAGGCUCAACGGAGUGUGAGCGUUUUCUCGAUAAACCCGUGAUUGCUCUCGGAGUUUUCCUCAUGGUUGUAGCCAUAGCUGGUUUGAUCGGUUCGUGUUGCAGAGUCACAUGGCUUCUUUGGACUUACCUCCUUGUCAUGUUCCUCUUGAUUCUCCUCGUUUUCUGCAUAACAAUCUUCGCCUUUGUUGUGACUAACAAAGGCGCAGGAGAAAAAGUAUCUGGAAGAGGUUAUAAAGAGUAUAGACUUGGAGAUUACUCUAAUUGGUUGCAGAAACGUGUGAACAAUGAUAAGAACUGGAACAGGAUUAGGAGUUGUCUUGUUGAGAGCAAAGUUUGUUCUAAGCUUGAAGCUAAGCUUGUUGAUGUACCUGUCAAUAGUUUCUACAACGAGCACCUUACUGCUCUUCAGUCUGGUUGCUGCAAACCCUCAGAACAAUGUGGAUUCAUUUACAAUAGCGCCACAAACUGGAACAAGACGACAGGAACACACUCUAAUCCAGACUGCCAAACCUGGGACAACGCAAAAGACAAGCUCUGCUUCGAUUGCCAAUCUUGCAAAGCCGGUCUCCUCGAUACUCAGAGCGCGUGGAAGAAAGUUGCAGUCGUCAACAUCAUCUUCCUCCUCGCUUAUGAUACUAUUAGUGUGUUCUGCCUUCUUGUGGCUAAACCUUUGAUAUUGAUUUAUUUAUAUGUUUUUGUUCAUUAG